AUGGCCAAAGAGUGGCCCAGCACGGAGCACUACUUCCAGGCCCAAAAGUUCCUGAAGACCAGCUCGGAGGAGCUGGUGGAGCGCAUCCGGCGCUUGCCCGGGUCUCUGGAGGGCAAUCGGGAGGCCAAGUGCCUGGGCUGCGCCGGGCAGCUGCGCGGGGACUGGGAAGCGGUGAAGGUGCAGGUGAUGAGGACGGCGGUGAUGGCCAAGUUCUCACAGCACCCGGAGCUGCGGAGGAAGCUGCUGGAGGAGAUUCCGCGGGAGGCUGCUCUUGUGGAGCACUGCGGCGAUGCAGAGUGGGGCGAUGGCGGCGACGGGUGCGGCAAGAAUCUCUUCGGCCGCGUGCUGACAGAAGUGCGCGACGCGUUGGCGCAAGGCCUGCCGUGA